AUGGGUACUUUCGCCAACCCGGUCCUCACAGGCUUUAACCCAGACCCAUCUGUCAUCCGCGUUGGCGACGACUACUUCUGCGUUACCUCGUCCUUCGAAUACUUUCCCGGAGCGCCCAUAUAUCACAGCAAAGACCUAAUCAAAUGGAAACUAAUCGGCCACGCACUCACGCGCAGGUCUCAACUCGAUAUCAGAACCCCGGAGCCAGGAGGUGGCGUCUGGGCAACAACCAUUCGGUUCCAUAAGGGCACUUUCUACAUCAUUACCAACUCUUUCGAUCGAUACAGACCGCAGAACGACGAUCGUGUGUGGCCACGUGGCUUUUAUGUCAAAACCACCAAUAUCUGGAACGAGAGCUCGUGGUCUGACCCGGUGUAUUUUGAUCAGGUUGGUUUCGACUUUGACCUCUUCUGGGACGAUGACGGUCAGGUGUAUCUCUCUUCGACUUACCGGAAGGUUGAUCGCUUUUCGGAUUCGAAACUGAAAGACUUUGCCAUACACGUGUCUACCAUUGACCUUGCUUCGGGCACCUUGAAAUCCACACCGAAGAUGAUCCGGGAGUCUAAAUCAGGUAUUGCAGAAGGCUCGCACCUCUUCAAACUGAACGGCUAUUACUAUCUCUUCACGGCGGAAGGAGGUACUGAAUCAGGGCACUGCGAAUAUGUGAGCCGGAGUCGCGAGAGCCCUUUCGGACCUUGGGAACAAGCACCACACAACCCACUUUGGCGCAACACAACAGACGAUGAGAUCCAGAACACUGGUCAUUGUGAUAUUGUUGAGGAUACCCAAGGCCAAUGGUGGGCCAUGUGCUUAGGCGUACGGCCGAAGAAGGAAGGUGCUGAAUGGCGAACGUCAGUUUUCGGACGCGAGUCCAUGCUACUUCCGAUUCGCUGGGAGAAUGACUGGCCGAUAUUCAACGAGGGAAGGCCAGUCACCUUGCAAAUGAGCGGACCAAACAAGUACAUGCUUGAUGAGGACAAGGCUUGGAAAGACAAUUUCAGUGGUGUCAGACUCGGUCUUGGGUGGUAUCGGAAGAAUACACCUGUGAGGAAAGACUACUCAUUGACAGCGCGACACGAUUACCUUACUUUGAAUGGUAGUCCCUACACGCUAUCGAUGCCCACAUGUCCAACGCUGUUCUUGCGAAAGCAAAGGCAUUGGCCGGUGGUGUGGGAGACUCAAAUAGAUUUCCAGCCUGACGUGCCGCGUGUUGAGGCAGGAACAGUGUUAUGGUGGAAUCAUACUUGCUACGCCAGCAUUGGUAUCGCGCUUACAGAUCGCGAUGGUCGACAGCAACGCGUGGUUAAGCUUACGCGGCCGGAUCUGGAAACUGUAGAGCAUGUUAUCUCAGAGCAGGGCGAGGUGAAGCUUGUGAUCGAUAGCACUGCCACAAGCUACCGAUUCGGAUACCGGCAAGCCGACGAUGGUCCGCAGCAGAAGACUGAGUGGACAUGGCUAGGCGACAUCGAUACUCAGGUCAUGACACGCAAUCCGCCCGUUGGUCAGCCUUUCACUGGCAUGAUGAUGGGACUGUACGCAUGUGGCGAACUACAGCCUGUUCUGACCCCGGCGCACUUCAAAUAUGCUCAGUUUCGAUAA